AUGAUUAUCCCCGUUCGCUGCUUCUCCUGCGGAAAGGUCACCGGCGACCUCUGGGAGCGCUACCUCAAGCUCAUUGAUGACGGCAUUAUGGAUGGCGACGCCAUGGACCAGCUUGGACUCAAGCGCUACUGCUGCCGCCGUAUGGUCAUGACCCACGUCGACCUCAUCGAGAAGCUUCUCAAGUACACUCCGGACGGCCGCAACGAAAAGAAGAUGUCUCUGAACCCGUAA